AUGGCGUCGGUGUGGCGGGCGUGGGCCGCAGCGCCCGACGCGCCAAGCGGCAGCGCCUGGGAGGCGGGGUCCGCGGCGCCGGCCGUCGCUGUCACGGACCCGUCUACGGCGGCGCAGCAGGCCGAAAGCAGCGGGCCGAGUGCCGCAGCCGGCCUGCUGCGCCGCGUGCACCGCGACGGCGAGCCGGGCCCCGGCGCGGUAAGGCCGGCGGACGAGGUCGUGGACGAGCCAGAGGUGCCGGCGCCGGCGCUGUACAUGGUGCUGAGUGCUGCCGGCAAGCUCGUGUAUGUGCAUGGCGACGAUACGGCGUGGGGCGGCGCGUAUACCCAGGCCGGGGUUUUGCACGCCAUGCUCACGCUCUUCGGCGCGCGCGAGGAGCUCCAGCACAUCUCGCUCGCGCCUGCGCUGCACGUCGCGUUCCUGAGCCGCGCGCCGCUUCACGUCGUGGGCGUGACGCACUGCGCCGAGGCGCGCGCGCUCGUGCGCGCACGUCUCGAGCACGUCUACGCGGCGAUCCUGAGCCUGCUGAGUGCGCCGCGCCUCGAGCGCCUGUUUGCGCGAGCGCCCAAUGUCGACCUGAUGGGCCUCAUUGGGCCCAUGGCGCAGUACGUCGAUGCGGCCGUGGAGGCGAUGCAUGCGUCGCUCGCGCGCGCGCUCGAUGCGGUGCCGGUGCGCCCGCUCGAGCCCGCGCUGCGCGACGCCCUCAACGUGGCGCUGCUUCGUGCGCUUGGCGCGCAGGCGCCGCAGGGCGUGCUGUACGUGCAGCUCUGGGACGACGACCGCUUGCUGAGCCAUGCGCAUCCGCGGCACCACACGCCCAGUCCGACGGACCUCGCGCUGCUGCAUGCGAUGGCGCGCUGCAGCGCGUCCGAGGAGGAGGGGUGGGCGCCGCUGUGUCUCCCCCAUGCGGCGCCGCACGGCUUUGUGUACGUGUAUGCAAGCCGCCUGUUCUCCGGCGCACACGCGCCCCUGUUUGUCCUGGUGUGUGCCGACCGCGACGGCCUGCGCGCGAGCCGCGCGAGCCGCGAUCGCGUGCGUGAGGCGCGCUGCGUCGCCGCGCUGCCGGGGGCGCUCGCUGAGCCCGUGCCUGGGGCCCUGGCGCCCGUGCCGGGCCUGCGCGACGUCGCCUAUGCGUCGCGGCGCCGGCGGCAGUGUGUGCUGCCGCGUGCGAUGCCCGAGCGCCGGCGCACGCUGUACGCGCAUAGUCUGCAGGCGCUCCGUGAUGGUCGUGCAGCGCACGGCGCACGAGGCGCUCCUCGGCUGGCGCACGCAGGCGUUUGA